CGAGUCUACGACGCUCUCUAAACUUCUUAUACAAAACAAAACACACCCAAAUAUGCAUAAGCUUUUGUUUUCUCUUCUCUCCGUCGUCUCACUCUCAUUUCUCCUCUUCUUCCAUGGCGCCGAGGCACGCCAGCGAGAGGCGCCGUUUCCAAACGCCUGCCAUUUCAGCCAAAUCAACAGCCUCGCGCCCGCUCAGGCGACGAAGUUCGAAGCCGGUCAGAUGGAAGUAUGGGACCACAUGAGCCCUGAGCUCCGAUGCGCCGGUGUAACGGUGGCUCGCAUCACCCUUCAGCCCAAUUCCAUUUUCUUGCCCGCUUUCUUUAGCCCACCUGCCCUUGCUUACGUUGUCCAAGGAGAAGGAGUUAUGGGGACGAUUGCUUCUGGUUGUCCUGAGACUUUUGCAGAAGUUGAAGGAUCAUCAGGAAGAGGAGGAGGAGGAGACCCGGGUCGACGUUUUGAGGACAUGCACCAGAAGUUGGAGAAUUUCCGGCGAGGGGAUGUGUUUGCUUCGCUUGCCGGAGUUUCACAGUGGUGGUACAACCGCGGUGAUUCCGAUGCCGUCAUUGUCAUUGUUCUUGAUGUCACCAACAGAGAAAACCAGCUUGACCAAGUCCCUAGGAUGUUCCAACUAGCCGGGAGCAGAACGCAAGAAGAAGAACAACCAUUAACGUGGCCAUCAGGCAACAACGCUUUCAGCGGUUUCGACCCAAACAUAAUCGCGGAAGCAUUCAAAAUCAACAUCGAGACAGCUAAGCAACUACAAAACCAGAAGGACAACAGAGGAAACAUAAUCCGAGCAAAUGGUCCUCUCCAUUUCGUCAUCCCACCGCCUCGUGAAUGGCAGCAAGAUGGCAUUGCUAAUGGCAUCGAAGAGACUUAUUGCACGGCUAAGAUUCAUGAGAAUAUCGAUGAUCCAGAACGGUCUGACCAUUUUAGCACACGAGCCGGAAGAAUCAGCACUCUUAACAGCCUUAAUCUCCCUGUUCUACGUCUAGUCAGACUUAACGCCCUUAGAGGUUAUCUCUACAGCGGAGGAAUGGUGUUGCCACAAUGGACGGCAAACGCGCACACGGUGCUAUACGUCACAGGAGGUCAAGCCAAGAUACAAGUGGUGGACGACAAUGGUCAGUCGGUGUUCAAUGAGCAAGUGGGACAAGGCCAAAUCAUUGUGAUUCCACAAGGCUUUGCAGUUUCAAAAACGGCUGGUGAAACGGGUUUCGAGUGGAUAUCAUUCAAGACAAACGAUAACGCUUACAUUAACACACUGAGCGGCCAAACAUCGUACUUGAGAGCAGUUCCAGUGGAUGUGAUCAAAGCGUCAUAUGGAGUGAACGAGGAAGAAGCCAAGAGGAUCAAGUUUAGUCAGCAAGAGACCAUGUUGUCUAUGACACCAAGCUCUUCUUCUUAAGCUCUUUAAUUGCUUCCUUUAAUGUUUUUUUAGAUUUUCCAGUCACUGAAAUAAAUAAAGAUGAGACUAAUAACCAACUUUUCACAAAGCUUCAAUAACAAAAUUUCAGAUU